GCAUUUUUUUCACCAUUAAGGCCCGAUUCAGGUAUAUAUAUGGACCGCUUCGUUGCUGCUUCCUUUCUAAAAUCUUUGUUGGGUUGUGAGGGUAUGACGAUUUCCUUUUGCUUUACCUUUUCGUGCAGGCUGCGGAACUGUUGUAUUUUAUUGUCUUCGAAUCCAGUGACGGCUUCAGCUUUAGGCUCGUCAUCCAUAUCGUCGUCAUCGCCAAAAUUGAUGCGUUUCGAAGCAUUGGCUUUUUGUUUUGGCGCAAAUUUCGGUGUGCUGGUACGCUGGCCACCAAAACUCAUGGAGAAUCCCAUUUUCUUGCCUUGAUCAGCCAUGGAUCUAUGUAAUUUGCGUAGCUGCGUUCAAAAGAGAAUUUCAAAAUGCUGGAACUUGGUUGGAAUCGCUUUGCGGCCAAAAAGCAGUCUCAAAUUUUCAGCUCUUCUCCCCAAGCAACAGCUCCAUUCCUACUUCAUUCCCUUCAUGUCAGGAGCAAACCUCGCGAAAGCUCUAGCUAGCAAAGGAAUUACACUUAUACAUGGUUCUCAUAAUGAAACGGUGAAGCAUCUAGUCAAGCUUAGAGAGAAAAAGUCAUAUCGCCACGAACAACGUAGUGUGCUUGUUCAGGGCCAAACCACAAUUCAAGAACUACUGGAUAGAAAUAUAAAGUUAAGGUCGAUAGGAUUGACUUUAAGCAAAGGCGUGGAUCAUUUAGAGCUGGACCGUAAAAAGUUCCCAGCUGAGCGCUAUUUUGUGUGUGAUAUCAAUAACACACGCAGGAUCUUGGGAACAGCGUCACAACCCACUGCGAAUGAAAUGUUUGCCGAGGUGGAGUUACCCCAUGUGGAAUUCUCACCAGCCGUUGACAAAUUGAUUGUUUUUAACAACAUAUCUGACCCUGGUAACUUGGGAACUCUGGUACGAACUGCCAAAGCUUUGGGCUGGACGACCGCGGUGUUGACGGAUAACACAUGCGAUCUGACCAACGACAAAACGAUAAGAGCAUCCAAAGCCGCCGUCAUUGAUUACCCUCACAAAAUAAUUCCAUCCAGUCAGUUGAUAGACUACCUUGUUAAAACGAUGCAUAUGACACCCAUCGUAGCUGAUACUCCACCUCAUGACAUAACGGACACUCUGUCAUCCAAUACUGGGAUUUUUUUCUGGAAGAAGACAAGUGGUCAACAUUUAGACAAGUUACCUGAUCGCAUAGCCUUGAUAUUGAGCUCAGAGCAUCAUGGGCCAAGUCAUAUUGACCCUAAUGUUCUAAGGGUAUCCAUACCCAUGGCAUCCAAUGUCGAAUCUUUAAACGUAUCCAGUGCCGGAUCCAUCCUAUUGUUUCAGUUGAAUCAAUUACUUGGAUCCCCAGGACAAGAUGUAAAUGUGCGCCGGUAGAGGAAAACAAUGCCCAAUCUCGGAGGAUAAACCCCUAUAUCCAAAAAGA